UACAUUUUGGGUUCACAUAUUGGAUAUUUUAUUAAACAUAUGAAAAUUUAAUUAUGAUAUUUAUCAAUAAGACAUUUAUGUGAAUCAUUUCUUAACAUUUCUCAAAAUAUAUUAAAGCCGUGUCAUGUUUAAAUUAAUCUUGUCAAUAAUCUUUUCUCUAUCUACACUCGAUGCUGUCACCGCGGAUAGGAUCGCACGUGGUAAAAUUUAUCGAGACAUAGAAAGUAAAUACUUUUGUAUCCGGCGUUUGAAUGCAACCCAUCAGUUUGGUUGCCAGUCCGAUUUUUCUGGCAGUAUCGGUGCACUGCAUUUAGUUGCCUCAUCGAAUGGCCAAAUCGAUAAUGAUGAUGUCAAAUUCAUCACAAGUGAAGGUUCAACACCUCCAUAUAUUCCUGUUAUCAAUGUUGAUAGUCUUACCACAAAAGUCAUGGAACAAUUUCGUGAUUCUGGUAGAGUUUCUGGUGUGAUUGUUAUUAAACAUAAUGAUACUAAAUUAAGUGUCUUCUCAACUGAUAAAUCAUGCCCUAAUGAGGAUUAUGGACUUUAUACUAGUGCAUUCAAUAAAAGUUAUGCUGAAUAUGACAAUUGUGCUAAACAAAAGUGGAAUAAUCCAAAUAAUCCUGUUUCAGAAUUAUUCUAUCGAGACUUUGGAUUUCCUGUGUUAAUGAUUGAAAAUACUGUUGAUAUUGAUGACAUUCUUCAAUGUAUUGAUAAAUAUGGAGUUACCAAACAAAAUUCUAAACGAUCCUGGCCUUUGUGCUCAGCUGAAUUAUUUAUACACAUGAAUGCUGCAAAAGAUUCAAAAACAUGCAUCAGAAGAAAUGGAUAUUCGGUUCAACUUGACAAUGCAAUUCGUUACUGUGAUCCAUUAGGCUCAUUCAACAUCUUCAAUCCUUUUAUUCCCAUCAAUUCAAAUUUUACAGUUCCAGAUAAGUCAUUAAUCGUGGUUGCUUCCCGUUUAGAUUCAUUUUCUCUCUUUUUUGACAAAACUCCUGGAGCUGAUUCACCAGUUACUAGUAUAGCUGUGAUUUUAAGCAUUGCUGAGACUCUUGGAAAAAUUCGAGAUAAAAUAACAUCCAAACAAAAAGCUAAUAGAAAUAUUCUGUUUUCAUUAUUUAAUGGAGAAUCAUUUGAUUAUAUUGGAUCUGGUAGAGCAACUUAUGAUUUAAAGAAAAAGAUACUCAAGGGUCUCUCUACAUCAGAUCUCAAGCAACUUGAUCUCACUACUCUAUCAUUAGAUCAUCUAUCAAGCUUCAUCGAAUUAGGACAAUUGGCCCCUCAUUCAUCAGAUGAUAUUUAUUUACACACUGAUCCAAUUUCUACUAAAGACCCAACGACUUUAAGUCUAGUUAAUGCUUUGAUUGCAAAUUUAAAAAAACCGACAACAAUAUCUUUAAAAGAAUCGCCUAAGGAUCUGCCUUUGCCACCGGCUUCUUUUCAAAGCUUUCUCCGAGAAAAUUUAAAACUUCCAGGAGUUUUUCUAGCUAAUCAUAAUGGAUUAUACGAAAAUAAAUUCUACAAUAGUUUCGCUGACGAUUACUCAAACGUUGAAUUCGAAAAGGACAGUAAAAGUGAUGCAAAAAUAGUCCAACAUUUGGCUAAUAUUUCAACUCAAAUAUCCCAAGCUCUUUAUGAGAUGUUAACAGACGAAAGUGAUUUAUCAAUUAAGAGUGAUCCAAAUACCAUAUCAGAUCUUCUUUAUUGUUUUAUUAUUGAUGCUUCUUGUCCUUUAUUCGUCAAACAUGGUUUUAAUAUAAGCUCGGCCUCUCAAUUAGAAGGAUUGAAGACGUUACCUUUUUACGUCUCUGUUCGUCAACAAUUCACUAGUUCAUUUUAUUUGAUGAGUAUCAUUGCUCAAAUACUCGCAACAUUCACCGGAACAUUUCUUGAUGCGGAUAAAGAUAAAUGUACAAAACUUAAAGCUGCUAAUAAAUGGUUGAGUUAUUAUUACAUUCCAGGAUUUUCGCCAAACAGAUCCUGUAUUGAAUCUCAGGUAUUCGCCACGGAAGCUGUCUCUCCAGUCUUUAUUAAUAAUGAGCCAGACUGGAGUUUGCCAUAUUCAACAUGGACUGAAAGCAUUUGGGAUCAACCUUCAGUUCGUAUUUUCCUUCAACCUGGUCCAAACCAAGAGUGGGCCACACUAACUGUGGGACUUUUGAUUACAUCAUUAUCAUUCUUAAUAGUGCGAUUUGUUAGAAACAAAUCUAAAACAUUGUUUAAACUACCUGGUGAUAAUGGUGUUAGUUUAAUGAGAGAAAACGGAGUUGAUUGCUAGGAUAAGUCCACAAAUUAUGUUACCAUGAUGGAUCUCAAUCAUAGUCUACUGAUUAAUCAGUCAAAUAGCGAUAGAGUAAAUAUAUCAGUAUUACCUGAUAAAAAUUUACCAGUCUCUGACCUAUGAUUAUUAUUUAAAAUUGAGGAAUGUGAUUUCAAUCCAACUUGAUAACAUGAUUUGUGGGUCUUGUUAGAAAUUAAAAAGCAAAUCAAGUAUUAUUUAUGUAAACAGCAUUCUAGGUGAUUUUUAUUGAUUUUUUCCACCAUCUCAGACCAUUAAUCAUGGCUGACCUACCUAUGUUAAGCUGACCAAUCUUAUCUUACCACAAUUAAUUCAUUAACAAAUUUGAUAAACACAAGCUCAAUCAAUUAAUGUAUGUGCGUUGUAUAACAUUGUUUAAUAAAAUUUUAAUAUGGAUUGAAUGUA